GAGCACUGGAGCCGCAGCCACGGCUCCAGCGCCACAGUGCGGGUCGCAAGCUCUGCGGUAGCCUUCCAGGUUGUCCUCAGCGUGCCUCUCUCACUGACAGCUUUGGAUGAGGCCAGUUUGCGAUCCACAACCCCUCCGCCAAAAUUGGUCCCGUCACUGUGGAAAAGGACACAGCAACAGCUCCAACCCUGCAGGCUGCAGCCAAUUCCAAGCCCGGUCCACCAACCGCCACCAUCCCUCCGACGCCAAUCCAGGUUCCAAACCAGCUCUCCAUCUCCAGAUUGAACAAACCGACGUCCUACAAAUACCCAACACUACAACUCUCGGCCACCGUCUCAUUAGCGACGCGCUGCUGCAGCGACGCCCGGCCGAGCCCGCAAUGUCUGCUCCCCACGACGGCUACGGCCAGUAUCCGCCCCAGCAACCCGCCGAGCAAGCGCAAGCCCCGUAUGCCGACCAAGCUUAUGUGAACCCGGCCGCCGCCCCGCCUCCGCCUGCUGGCGCGCAUCAUGCUGCAGACCAUGGCAAGAAGAAGAAGAGAGCAUAUGCUGCACAGGCCUUCGAUGUGGGCGUAGGGGGCAACGCCGCGCUCCCCGGCCAGCUCCCCAGCCAGCUGCCAGUGGGAGGAGGCCAAUUCGGCGCUCCCGCCCCGGCAUAUGGAGGCUAUCCGCAACCAGACGUCCAGCCCGCUGCCUACGCCGCCCAGUCACAGCAGCCGUACGGCAUGGCCCAGCCGGCGCCGGUCGCAGGUUACCAGGCUCCGGAGCCGUACUACCCCUCAGCCGGAGCUCCCCCGGCCGCGGGAGGCGUUGCCGGACUCACCUCGGGCAUGUCGGCCAUGAACCUCGGGCCCGGAGCCCAACAGCAGCCGCAGCAGCUUCCGCCGCAGGCGAGGGCCGGCCCUCUUAACCAGCUCUACCCCACCGAUCUUCUGAAUCAGCCCUUCAAUGUCUCCGAGUUGGAUCUCCCUCCGCCACCCAUCAUUUUGCCACCGAGCUCCAGCGUCACCCCUUCCCCUGAUGCAAACUGCGCGCCAAAGUACGUACGAUCGACCCUCAACGCCAUCCCUACGACUCACUCGCUGCUCAAGAAGAGCAAGCUGCCAUUGGCCCUCAUCAUUCAACCCUACGCGGCCCUCCAUGAUCUCGACGACCCCGUGCCCGUUGUCCAGGACCAGGUCAUUUCCCGGUGCCGGAGAUGCAGGUCCUACAUCAACCCCUUUGUGACCUUCCUCGAUCACGGCCACCGAUGGCGCUGCAACAUGUGCAACCUCACCAACGAUGUGCCCCAGGCCUUUGACUGGGAUGCUGCGGCCCAGAAGACCGUCGACCGGUGGCAGCGCCACGAGCUGAACCACGCAGUCGUGGAAUUUGUCGCCCCGCAGGAGUACAUGGUCCGCCCUCCCCAGCCGCUGGUCUAUCUCUUCCUGUUCGACGUCAGCUACGCCGCUGUAUCGACCGGCCUCCUUGCCACCAGCGCCCGCACCAUCCUCGACAGUCUCAACAGGAUUCCGAAUGCUGACCGGCGCACCCGUCUCGGCUUCAUCGCCGUCGACUCGAGCCUGCACUACUUCUCUGUGCCCAAGGAUACGGAGGAGAACGGAGAGACCAGUAUGCUGGUGGUCAGCGACCUGGACGAGCCGUUCCUCCCGGUUCCCCAGGAGCUGCUGGUCCCUCUGACCGAGUGCCGGAACAGCAUUGAGAAUUUCCUCAGCAAGCUUCCCGACAUGUUCAUCAACAACCAAAACAACGGGUCUUGCAUGGGAUCUGCCCUGAGGGCUGGCCACAAACUCAUCUCCCCGCUCGGUGGCAAGAUUGUGGUUCUCAGCGCCUCGCUGCCCAAUGUGGGCUACGGCAAGCUCGAGAUGCGCGAGGACAAGAAGCUGCUGGGCACUUCUAAGGAGAGCGGCCUGCUUCAGACGGCCAACAGUUUUUACAAAAGCUUCGCGGUGGAGUGCUCCAAGAACCAAGUCUCGAUCGACAUGUUCCUCUUCUCGUCGCAGUACCAGGACGUGGCCUCUCUGAGCAACCUCCCGAGGUACACGGGCGGACAGACCUGGUUCUAUCCGGGCUGGAAUGCUGGCCGUCCAGAGGACGCCAUCAAGUUCGCCUCUGAGUUCAGCGACUACCUGUCGUCCGAGAUCGGCCUCGAGGCGGUCCUCCGUGUUAGGGCAACGACCGGCCUCCGCAUGAGCACCUUUUACGGCAACUUCUUCAACCGAAGCUCCGACCUGUGUGCCUUCCCGGCCUUCCCUCGCGACCAGUGCUACGUGGUCGAGGUGGCCAUCGACGAGAACCUGACCAAGAACGUCGUGUGCCUGCAGACGGCCGUGCUGCACACGACAUGCAACGGCGAGCGCCGCAUCCGCGUCUUGACGCUCGCCCUGCCGACAACCACCAACCUCGCCGACGUCUACGCCUCGGCCGACCAGUCCGCCAUCACAACCUAUUACAGCCACAAGGCCGUGGAGCGGGCGCUCAGCAACGGGCUCGACUCGGCCAGGGACCUGCUGCAGAGCAAGGUCACGGAGCUCCUGCAGACCUUCCGCAAGGAGCUGGCCGGCGGCAGCAUGGGCGGCGGCCUGCAGUUCCCCUCCAACCUCCGUGGCCUCCCCGCGCUCUUUCUGGGUCUGAUCAAGCACGUCGGCCUGCGCAAGUCGGCCCAGAUCCCCUCGGAUCUCCGGUCCGCGGCCCUCGACCUGCUGUCGACGCUGCCUCUGCCCCUGCUCAUACAGUACAUCUACCCGCGCCUCUACUCGCUGCACGACAUGCCCGACAACGCCGGGUAUCCGGACCCGGAGACGAGCCAGAUUGUGCUGCCGCCGCCGCUGAACUUGUCGAGCGAGCGGUUCGUGCCGUACGGCUUGUACCUGAUCGACGACGGGCAGACGCAGUUCCUGUGGGUCGGCCGCGACGCCGUGCCGCAGCUGCUCGUGGAUGUCUUUGGGGUGGCGGACCGCGCGCAGCUGAGGGUGGGCAAGGGGAGCUUGCCGGAGCUGGAGAAUGAUUUCAAUGAGCGGGUCAGGGCGGUGGUGGCCAAGAGUCGAGAUCAUAAGAGUAAAGGGGUGGGCAGCAUUGUGGUGCCGCAUCUGUAUAUCGUUAAGGAGGAUGGCGAGCCGAGUUUGAAGCUCUGGGCGCAGACGCUGUUGGUGGAGGAUCGGGCGGAUCAGGGCAUGAGUUAUCAGCAGUGGAUGGGGGCGCUGAGGGAGAAGGUUAGUUUCUGAGUUUUACCCCGGCCCCGAAAAGAAAGUGAGAUGUGGGUGUGCUGACUGGUUGGAACAGGUUGUUCAAUGAGGGAGGUGUGGCUCGGGACAGCGUGGGAAGGGAGGUCUGUUCUGUGCCUGGUGUAUGGGUAGGGUAAUGCUUGUGAAAUAGAUAUCUUACAGAAGCCAGGUCUGGAAAGAAGGGCGUUUACAAUAUCUGAGGUUCGGCUGGUUGUGUCCGUUUGCUAUCCGUUAGUGAGACAUCGACUCGUCCUUUCCUCGGGCCUGUCGCAAUUCUCCAUCACUUGGUCUUCUUGUCUUUGGUCCAUCUCCGUUGCGACAGCGAAUCUGCGGACUGAUGAGGGUCCCUUCCAAAACCCAGUCUUGCGGAUAUUCUGAUUCAGCGGCGGGCUAAGGU